AUGAGAGAUAGCGAUGAGCCCAUACCCAAGGGGCACGUCUGUCCGCCGUCAAACGCGACGCACCCGCGAGACCGCUGGGAGACCGUCUUUGCUUAUUCCUUCAUCCUCAAGUUCACAGACCUGAAGAAGAAAGUUGAGGACUUUGGCAAUGUCAUGGAUUUCGAGGAGUCUAUUAUGGCUAGCGGGCCACACCCGCUCCUGCACGCCAUCCUGGCGCGCUUCGUCCUGAACUUGAGACCUACCACCCGCAAUACUAGCGCGGACAAGUUCUCCGCCACACUCCACAGCGUACUCAACGAGUACUUCGCCAAGGGCGAGCGCACCGUCUUCUGGGAUGAUGAUCUCAUGAAGAACGUCGACCCGCUCAGUGGGCAGGAGAGCAACAGCGUGUUUGCCGCCCCAUGGGACACCAAGCUCAAAAUCAUCCGCACCCUCGUUGAACUACAACUUGUACACAGCCCCGCAAUCAAGACAUCUAUCGACAAAGCUUGGGGCGUCGUACACAACAAGCACAAGAAGAAAGACGUGCCGGACCCUCCCCGCCCCGACCCUUCAGAUCCUUUCAGCCAGGAGAGUUUGAGCUUUAUGCCGUUGGGGCAGGACGCGGACAGGAAGAGGUAUUGGGUCGUCGACGACUCGCCUCGCGUGUACAUGUCCACGAACCCCUGGAAGAUCUCCUCGGCUAUUACUGCUGUCUCCUCGACGCGUGCGGAGUACGUCGCGCUGCUGGAGCGUCUGCGCGCCGCAACACCUCCCGAGGACGAUGGGAAGAAAAAGAAAGGCAAGGCAAUCGCGGAGGCGAGGAGGACGGGGCAUGUUGAGCUCGUGAAUGGCUUAGGGCAGAGGUUAGAGGUCAUUGAUAAGGAGAUCGCGAGGAUAGACAAACUCCGCAAAAAGGCGCAACAACGCGCCAUCGCACUUGCUCAAGCCGAGAUGCGACAAACACGGACGAGGCGACAAACGAAGCGUCCAGACUACGUCUAUGCGGACGAUAUCGAGAGCGACGACGGCGCCGACGACUUUGACCCCCGCGGUGACCACGGCGCGGAUGACGAGGACGACUUCCGAUCUGAUACAGCCAGCACAGCAGGCGGUCGACGUCGUUCGGCACGCAACGCCGCGACAAAUGGCAACUCGCACGCCAACGGAAAUGGUCACGGACGAGAAUGGCGGGGCGAGCGCCGUUCAGCUCGAUUUGCCGGUCCACAACUGGACGAUAGUGAAGGCCCGCCGCGUAAACGCGCGCGGACGGCCGAUACCGCUAGCUCUGACGCAGACGGGAUGUCUGUGGACGGCGGAAGCGUGGCGGGCGGAAACGACGGAGGCGCUGGAUUUGACGCGAAAGCGAGGGCGAAGAUCAAGGAUACGGAGACGGCCGUCGAGCAGCUUGCGGGUCGGAAGAAGAGCAAGUUCUGGUUCUACGCCGUUGAGCCUAUUCCCGGUGCUGCGACGUCGGCCGAAAGUGCAGCUGGGAGAGGUGGGGAGGCGUCGGAGGAACAGGGCGGGGACGAUGGCGGCGGCGCGGAGGGAGAUGGCGACAUGCGGCAGGCGGCGAAUGGGAGUGGGCGAGUUACCAACGGAGAUGGGCAGGUAAAGGUUGAGGCCGAAGUGAAGACUGAGGUGGCUACGAAUGGGGAGGGAGAAGUCAGGCGAGAGAUGGAGAGGAUGGCUGUUGACGCUGGGCCAGCAGCAGUAAGACGGAAGUGA